CAGAGGGGAAGGGGAUCUGGCAGCGACAGCUAGAGGGAGAGUCCGAGGGCCGCAGCGGAGACGGAGCGGGGAGGGGGCGGACAGACGACGAGGCCCGAAGCCCCCCCCUGCCCUCGGGGGAAGGGGUCGCGGCGCCCGCCUGGCCGCUCGCUCGGCCGCUUCCCUCAGGCCGGACCACCUCAGCCGCCCCUCCCCCACCCUCACUCACCUCACGGCCUCGGCCAAUCAGCUGAGGGGGGGCCGCGAGGUAGCGGAGGGUGCCAGCCCCGCGGCCAAUCAGCGUUGGGGGCGCGCGGGACCCCUCGCCGCGAGCCUCAGCGACUGGGGCGGGUGGGGGGGGGGCACGCGCGUCGCCAGCGCCCACAACGGCCGGCGCUCUUAAAGGUACAGCUUCGAGUUGGGGGGGCGCCCACGAGAAGAGGGGCCGUUUCAGCCGGAGGACAACAACACCCCCCCUCCCCCCCGCGACACUCUCUUGCUCCUGUCAAUGGAUUUAAAGGGAGCUCGGCCCUCUUAAAGGGGAGUUUUCCUCGGCCCUCAUUGUGGCUGGGAGGGAGGGGUGGCUCUUAAAGGUGAAAUUUCGGAUUUGCCUGGACUUGGAACGCCGGAGCCUUAAAGGGGAGUUGGACCUGGCGAGGAAAAGACGCGGAAGGGCUUUUAAUUCCCGGUGGCCAGGAAAGGAGGCGAGGCCUGACCAGGAAACCGGGGAAGAACUUUAAAUCUGGGUGCUUUAAAGGGGAGGCUGCGCCUGGCAGGAGAUGUGUGGUGGACAUUAAAUCGUGAUUUCCCCCGAGGGCGGGGGUAGGAUUGAGAGGAAACGAGAGAUUCGGGAAUCCGGAGCCUUGAAGACCCUCGUCUCGACCUGUGGAGGUUGAAUGUUUGCGCAGAGGCCGUGACCCAGGUGAGAAGGCCGGGCAGGGAUUUUGGAGGAAGAGAAGCCGCUGUAGAGCUGCUGAUGGAAACCUUCCUAAUCAAAGGAGAGGAAGUGGCUGCCCUCUGAGCGGAAACCCAUUUGCCAUUGUUGGCAGAAGUUGCAUUUGCAGUCUUGAAGGGGGAGGCUGAGUUCUUACUGCUCUUGGGUACUGGCAAGGCCUGAUUCGUCAAAAAGCAACACUGGGGGGACAGUCCCUUGUUUCAUGAAUAUCUAGGCACUUAAAGCGAGCAUCUCCUUUGUGUUAACGAGAAGACACCUGCCGAAUUCUGGAGUUUGUUUACUGGACUUGUAGAAACGGGCUCUCAAAGACACCUAACCCUCUGCACCGUGUUGUGGAGGGAUGUGAAAGCCCUUUAUCAAAGGUGAAGGGGUGCUGGCGAUUGGAAGCUUAUAUCCUGGGCAGGAAAGUGUUGUUCUAUAAUAAAGGAGAUUGGCAAAGCCUUUUAUAUCAGAACAAUCAAAUUGGUUCCUAGUUUUUGUUAUGUCAAAACUAUUUAAUUCUUUUAUGUACGGGUCUUCUCUUUAAGGGGAGGACGGGAAAAAAAGGAAGCUGCCAUUCCUGUCGCAAGGAAUUAAAAGGAGUCGCAGUGACUUGUGAAGCAAAGAUCCUUCUGUUUUGAGUAGGCUUUGUAAAUGUAAACUUAAGAAAGGUUCAGAAGAGGAGCGAACAGAAGCCGGGGGAAUUUCUGCUGAAGGAUUUAAAGUUCUUUCUUGAAAAGUGUAAUCUUAUAUUUGUACCUGGUGCUCUGUUGAGUGGCAUCCAUAGAAGAAAAAGGUCCUAUUGAGAGCAGUUGCAAUGCAACUGGCUGGCGAGGGGUGAAGAGUGCCCCCCCCCCCCCCGGCCGCAUCUGCUGCACCCGUAAGACACGACACAUUCUCUGUACUUCAAGAGGGGCAUCAUGGAAGGAACAGCGGCAGCCCCUGCCCCAUGCUGGAGCGGGGGAGGAGGCAGCAGCGGCAGAGCCCGUAGGCAACGGCGCUGCUCACGGCGGGACCGUGAGAGUCGCUGCACUCGCCACCGAGGGAGCCGUCCGGGGGAUGUUUCUCAUCGGGGACUUUCAUCAUCGUCGUCUUCAGGAUCAGACAGUGAAGGGCCCUCUCCUCCUGCCCCUGUGGCCCCUGGCAAAGCCCAUCCCCUGCAGCAGCAACGCCGCCGGCGGCGACCCCUGCGGCGGCGGAAGAGAGCCUCUGGAUCUUCUUGCAGUCGAGAGGAGGAGGAAGAGGAAGAGGAAGAAGAGGAUCUUAUUGAUGGCUUUGCCAUUGCCAGCUUUGUCAGCCUGGAGGCACUUGAGAAAGAGGCAACCAUGAAGACCCCAGAGCGGCUGGAGCUUCGGAUGAAGCAGUCUGGAAAAAGAAAACGGGACGAGGGGAACAACUCUGAGCCAGAAGACGACGAUGGGAAUUCAGAAAAGAGUCGCAGCCGGCGCUGUGGAGGGGAGAGAGCACUGAGAAAAUAUAGCAAGAGGCGGCGCAAAGAGCCUUCUUUCCAAUCCUUCCUGGAAACUGGAUAUAUAUGUGAUACAGAAAGUGACCCAGAGGAGCAGGCCUCCAUCGAUGACCUCGAACAGUCAUUCACUGUCUCAACCAGCAAAGCCUCGGGACCCAUUGGUGCAUUAAACGGGAGCUGUGAAGCCAAACUCUCUGUGAUCCCUAAAGUCUCUGGCCUGGAGCGAAGCCAGGAGCGUAAUUAUGAGGCCGACCGGGACCCCUUGAUAGUGCCUUUCCUGCCCAAGGAGCCCCCUUCUCAGGCAGCUGUGGCCCCUGUUCCAGCUCAAGCCUUGCCCCCCAGUCCUCCUGUCCCACCUUCCACAAGAACUCGGGCUCAGACGCCUAAUACUGUUCAUGGGACUCCCCAGUCCAAAGGCCAGCCACCUGCAAUGCCUCAUGGGGGACCAGUCCCCCACAACCUCAUGCCAACCCAGCUGCACAUGAAGGUACCACCCUUUGCCAGCCAGACGCAGGCUCCGUACACCGUAGGGUUGGACCUCAGCACCGGAGGGUGCAGCCGUGGGGCAGCUCACCCCAAGCCCAUCCUCCCUCCGUGCUCCCCCUCUUCCUCUCAGCUCCCUCACCGACCCUCCACCCCCUCACUGGCCCUGCCCCCCCACGCCUUUCCACCCUCCCUUCGCCCCCCUUCCCAUCACCACCCGGGUAUGUUCACCCCCUCGCCUGGCCUCCCUCCCCCACCCCCACUGCUUCAAGUUGCUGGGCACCCAUCUGCAGCUGCUGCCAUAUCUGAACAAGAACUAAUCCGGCAGGACUUGAGCUCGCGAUUCUUGGCGGGGCAAGGUGGGCCUGAAAUGGCAGCCGCCACCAUCCGCCCGCUGGCCUUCCAGUUCCACCAACACAAUCACCAGCACCAACACACCCACCAACACACCCACCAGCACUUCACCCCUUUCCCCCCGGGCAUGGUGCCUGCACCCAGUCCAGCUAUGUUUGAGAAGUACCCGGGCAAGAUGGACGGGCUUCUGAGGCAUAAUUUUUAUGCCGCAUUCCCCCCAACCGUGUCGGGGAUCCCCCCGGUCCUGCCUCCCGCUGUGACUUUUGGCUCCUUGCAGGGGGCGUUCCAACCUAAGAGCACUAAUCCCGACCUGUCAUCCCGUCUGGGUGCUGUUCCUCCCGGCUUGUCUCAGAAAGGGAGCCAGCUCACAGAUCCGUACAGGCCUGCUCUGAGAAAGCCUGGGAAGUGGUGCGCAAUGCAUGUCCGCGUGGCAUAUAUGAUCCUGCGGCACCAGGAGAAGAUGAAGGUAGGGUGGGCAUGUGCUGCCUCCUCACUCCGCCUGCGUGCCAUGAUGGGGAGUGAUGCCGCUCCUGCUGGCGGCCUCCAGAGGGUCGCUGCAAGCAAUGGGAGAGGCCUCUCCUCUUCUGCUCUUCUGAUGUCCAUGCCGGCCCCUGGACGCAAGUCAGGGUUUGGUGACGUCCCCAAACUGGAUUUCCGGAAUGACCUCUUAACCUGCUUGCCUGGCACAGGAGCCUUCGGCAGCCUUCCUCACAACCAGGAGCUGGCACGGCCUGCCACCCUCUUCACAACCUCUGGUCCAGUCCAUCCAGGGAGUGGCUCAUCGUUUGGGCCUGCCAGCACUCCUCACGGCUCCUUCCUCAGCCCCAGCCCCCACAUCGAUCCCUUCGGCAGACCCCCAAGCUUUGCUUCCCUGGGAGCGCUCUCCAACGGAGCAUUUGGGGGCCUGGGCAACCCCUCUUUCAACCCAGCCUCUGUCUUUGGGCAGAAGGACAGCCCCGGAGCUCCGUCUUAUCCCAGCCCGCACGACACAUGGAACCGCUUGCACCGCACCCCACCUUCCUUCCCCACUGCCCCACCCUGGCCCAAAGGUGGCGCUGGAGACGGGCCUGAGCGUGGGGGCAGCCAGCACGACAAGGAGAGUGAGAAGCCAGAAGGGCCAGUGAUCAAGGAUGAAAAGGACAGAGAUGCCCUCUUCUCCCGCCAUCCACUGCGUGCCUCCCCAGCAACACCCACUCCAAAGAACACUGUGCUGGGCCACGAGGAGCCGCCAGGCCGUCCUCACGCGGCGGCAGAGCGGGAGCACCGCUACGGAAGCCCAGCGAGCUCAAGCCAUGCCUCCCGCUCGCCGUACCCGGAGCCGCCUCUGAAGAAGGAAGUGAAGGUGAAGGAAGAGCCGGAGCUGACGGGAUUCGAGGGAGCGCUCCGUGCAGGUGCUCCUUUCCACAGCACCCUGCAUGUCUCCCACCCUCUGGGGACACUGGCUGUGUUUGAGCGCCCCCAGGCUGGGACUGGUGGAAGUGUGUCCCCAUAUUUGGUAGCUGGCCCGCCUUCAGCUGCCUCCUAUGCCGCCCUCGAAGCCUGGCGCGAACCCUACCACCGGGGCCUGGAGUUGCACCCGCUACAACGCCUGCCCCGCUUUCUGGAGACCCCGUCACCUGCCGCCAACGCUGCUGAAGACUGGCUGGGCGAACGGGCUCUCGAUCUGCACGGCCCGCCCCUCCGGCACCCCAGCCUCAUGGCUUAUCCUCGACUCAGAGCUGGGUUGCUGGCGUGUGCCGCCUGGUCAGCCGCAGCCGUGGGACUACUGAGUGCCCCUCCGCCUCUCAUCCCAGCUUCCAAUGCCCGGCCCUGUUCCCCUAGGCGUGCCCCUGACAUCCGGGAACUGGCAGCUGCCUACAAGGACAGGGACUCCAGAUAAUGGUGCUACAGAGGGGCCCUGGAACAUGAGUACCUGCGCCAAGCAGCUUCCCUUGUCUCCAGCAUGGGCCCUGGCCAGAUAUGUAGACCCCUUUCUGCGUUAGCGGGGGAUAGACAUACAGUCUCCUACCACCUUAGCCUGGGAGGCAAGCUGCUGCCACUACCCCAGAAGGACUUCUCUCCCUUCAGCUAUGAGCACGGGGAACCCCUCCUAGCCCAGACGAAAGACUUUAGACAAGUGCUCUCAUGGAAGGAUUGGGAAUGGCGGAGGAGCUGGGCAGGAUCUAGGCUGGGGGUCCCGUCGCCUUCCUUUCUGGAUCCCUUUCAGAGCUCCCGUUGCCCACCCACGGGGAUUGUCAAAGAUUUGGUGUAUGCUUCCAGCGUUCCUGCUGGGCUGAAGUCGACUUUGGGGUGCGUUCUCCCUCCCUCCGCGGACUGAGGGGAAUGCUGCUUUCCGGGGAAGGAGGGCUGUGUCUUGGGGCACCUCCCCCACCAGGCCGUGUAAAUAUUUAUAUAUUCUGCCCCAGGCAGGUGGGCAAAGGUUUUUGUACAUUUAUAGAAGGUUUGAGAUUGUGAUUUUAAAAGUGGCUUCUCCCUCUACUCCUCCCCUCUGGCUCCCCUUGUUUUUACUGUACUGCUCUUUUCUAUACCUGUAUCGGAUCCCUCCUCCUCUCUUCGCCUCUUCCCCCUGUCCUCCUGUAAUGGAUCAGAAAGGUGCAGCCAGGAGGGUGCCAUGCAUCUGUCCCCUGUCCUUUCCUCCCCAGGUUGGUAAUUAAACCCCAAACUGGUGCUUCUGGAA